AAGGAGAAGUCUGGAUAAGUUUGGAUUUUUUUUUUUUUUUUUAUCACCAGGACACCAGGAUUAAUGUGGAUAUCUAAACACGUCGGAUCGUUUCCCACAAGGUGAGCGAUGAGGAGCAGCAGGAGGACGGAGGUUUCUCUGAGAAGCUCUGCUCAACAGCUCGCCGAUCACAGCCUUAGCACAGAGCUGACAACUGCAUGGAAAAGUUUGUCCCAGUCCAAAGCUGCUUUGCGGCACAUAGAAAACCGCCUAGAGGCAACUCCAGGGACAGGGGUUCUGCUGGAGUCUGUCAUGGACCCUCCCAAGAAGAAAUCCUCCAAGACGGUUCGCCACAGGGGUGGACAACAAGCUGAUGCCAGUGGAGGGUCUUCUAAGCGCAGGGGGCGUAGUCAGCAAAGUCCAGAAAAAAGCAGCUCCCGCAGCCCUCUAAGAAAUACCACCCAGGACAGUAAUGUCCUCAGGAACAACAGUGUGGAGUUCAGGGAACCCCUGACCUCCUUCAGAGAGGCCACCCCUCCACCACAUCCCUCCUCUCAGCUGGAGGCCUACAGUCUGCAGUCGGUGCCAGGGUCUUCGCACCCCUCCUCUCCUCCUUCCUCAGAUCCUCUUCUAAGCCAGCUGGUCUAUCAGAGAGACACCAGGGACAAACAGACAGACAAGGACCUGGACAGCACACACUCCUCGGCUCUGGAGAGCACAGAGGUCCGCUACCUCAAUGACCAGCCAGCCCUGGUUACGCUGAGGACUAUUGGGAACCAUUCACGACCCACAGAUGUAGGGACGAUCGAGGAGAACAGAACUCCCAAAGCACAACCUGGAAUGGAGAGCCAAGAAUCAAACCCAUGUGGAGCACCGGCCCCAGUCUCCAAUCACAGAGGGGACAGCACCCCCUCCAGCAGCCCUGGCUCAGCUUCCCAGCGGCUGGAGAAUUUAAGGAGACAUCAGCCUGAUGAUAAGCUGGAAAAGCUCAAAGAGCGCAUUCGCAGGCAGAGACAACAUCUGGAGGAGGCUGCAGAAAGAGAGAAACUGCUGGGUUAUCUGGAGCAGCCCAUUAUGGCAGCUGUGGAGAGCAACAACGCCGGUACUAGCAACAUGCCCACAGCCAAAAUACGGAAAGUAGCAGCUGCACCGCCGGCACCUAUUUACAAAGGUUUUAACAGUACUGAGACGAAGAUCCGAACUCCUGAUGGGAAAGUUUGGAACGAGGAGGAGUUUCAUAACCUCAGCAGAGAAAUAUACAGAGACCUGUCUCGACAGUUUGCUGAGACCACUAGAUCCAGGAAUCAGCAGCUGAGAGACCAGAGAGCUGACCGAUCCAAAGAGAGGAGGCCUCCCAAGCCGGUCAGGAAGGUCCACAGAGCAGCCCCUUCUUCUGACCUAAAUGCAAAACCAGUGAUAAGUCCUGCAUCAUGGAGAGAGGGCCAAAAGCUUGUAAAGAUGGUACUGGGUCCAGUUCCCAAGCCUUUAAGGGAGGACCGACCCCAGCCAGCUGACGGACUGAACAGAACAGCUUCGCGGCACCGCUCCAGUUCAGACCCACGCUCAGAAGAAAAAUCAAGGUCUCGCCCAAGCAGCAGAGAGAGGCCUCAUAAUGGUUUCCAGGGGCAACCCAAAAACCGCUCCACUACCACAUCUGCCCCCUCAUCUGCAGAUCGAGAAAGGGCCCCAGAGGUUGUAGGUGCAGAGCUGUUGUCAGCAGACAUUCAGGGGAUACUUGAUGACCUUCAGCUGGAGUGCAGAGAAGCUGAGAGGGCCCGGCAGAGAUCCCGGGCUGGAAGUGGUGGUAGAAGAGGCCGAGGUGGAUCAGGGCCACAAACAAGAACUCCAGUCUCUGCUUGGGGAACUACUGUGACAAAAGGUUCCCCCUCGAGAGGAUGCCGCAGCGCGAGCCCAACUUCACACAGACCUCACACUUCUAACUCGGCUGACAUGGCGCUCAAAAAGCGACACUACGAUGCAGAUACGGUCCGCCAGUAUAUUUUAAAGCAACAGGAGGAGAGAAAGAGACGUCAGGCAGAAGAGAAGCGGGUACUAAGGGAGGAAGGCGAGAGGAGAAACCAGAGACUGCAGGAGCUCUACCGGAAACAAAGACAAGUAGCCAAAACAGUGGCCCUGGCUAGUGAGGUUCCUGUGGCCUCUGUACAACAGCGACUACAGGAGACCUACAACAAACUGAUGGAAGAGGUGCAACUGGGCGAGGAGGCCACACACACGCUACCUGCUGCUCCAGCUAUUCAAAUGAGGCCGAUGUACCAGCCCUCAGGAGAGUCGGACAAAGAAAACAAAAGGCUUGAGGCACCACAGAGUCCUUCAAGCAGUGACCGAUCUUUGAAUGAUCAGCCUGCUCCUCCUUUGUCCAGGACUGAUCUGGAUGUCGGAGUUGCGUCUUUGCUUCAGUCCGACCGUUUGAAUCCCACUUUUCGUCCUAAUACUGGCCCCAGCAGCAGUAGUAUGCAGACCCCUUUUGGUGGCCCUCUCCUCUCUCAGCUUCUAAAGCUGGAGUCUGCCGUGGCAGCUAGUGACAGACUGCCCACCCAACAACCGGCCACAGCACCCUCCAUCAGGCCACGGUCCAAGUUGUUGCGCAUUGAGGCUCUCAAGGCCACAGCUGCCUCCCUUUCCAACCGUAUAGAGAGUGAAGCAAGAAAGCUUGCUGGGGAGGGGAUCAACUACGGUGCAGCAACUUCAAUGGAAGGUGACACUGUUCUGGCUCUUAGACCCUCUACAGCUUAUGUUGAUGAUGGAUGCUGGGCGGAAACAGCUGCCACAGAAAAUAAUGAUGUAGGGUUGAGGUUUCAGAGGAUUUUGACUAGCACAGGUCAAAGUUCAUUCGACGGCACAGUCUUUCCAGGAGCAGGCAAUCUGCACACCCUUGGGGGACAGAAACAAACUAUGGGUGCACAUACCAAUCUGACAAAACCAAACACAACAUCAGCUGAUUUUACAGGGCCCAUUCUUAACAGUUAUACACAUGAAAGGAGGAAGCUGGUGAACGGCUUUGAGGAGGUAGAGAGAAAGGAUAAAACUGCACAAAGGAGAGGAUAUGGUUUGAUGGAGGAUAAGAAUCGGACAGACCUUCAUGACUCAAGUGCAGGUUCCAUUAGUGAGGGUCCUCUUCUGAGUGAAGGAAGCUUUUCUGAGGAUGAGACCAGCCCUCCUCGACCCUCCAACAAUGGUGUGCCCAAACCGGCAGAUCGCCUGACAGCAGUGGACUACUGUGUGGGUCAAAGAAAGGAUUUCAAGCGGAUAUCUGAGUUUCAGAGGGAGGCAGCAAGUUGCUUGGCCUUCAGCUCACCUUUUGUGCAGCAUGAGGGCAGCAAAGCAGCCUGGGAGGAGCUGAACAAAGGGAGCCCUCUAAGUGUCAUCAAUAUUUACACCAAGAACCUUCAUAGCCAGGCUAACGUGAUGGGGAGGAACUCUGAGAGGAACUCAUCUCCCUCUGCCCAGGCUGUGCACCUUGGAAAUGGCUCUGUAGAUGCAGCAGUCUAUGAAGAUGACUUUGUGUCAUCAUCACAUAGCAGCGGAUACAGUGGCCAGUUAAAAAGAGGCUCCAAUUCACACAGUGUGAACACUCAUUUUGAGGAGCUGAUGAGGAGGUCUCCUUAUGAUAAAAACACGGGAGGCAUCAAUUCCAACCAUUCAUCCAUCCACUCAUCGAAUCACUCGCCACAUCUCUCCUCUGGUUCAGCAUCUAUCUCUUCACCCUUCUCUAAGCACUCCGCCAAAAAAAGAGGCACAGCAUCGGACCAGAGUGAUGGCACCUUGGUGGGAGAGCAGAGGAGCUCCUGCUCGCCCCCCUCUGAUGCAUUAUCCUCUGACUCUAGGAAGAGGGGCUCAGACAAAAGCUCUGCCCACAGCCAGGCCAGGAGUGUCCACCAUAAUGACACUUUAGGGGAAACCUUUCAACAAAGUUUGGAAGUUGACGGUAAGAAGUCCUCAGCAGCUGCGCCAAAACACGCUUCUCCACGCAGCUCUCCAGAUUCUUCUCCUCCGAGUGGAUCUAACUCUCCCAGUGAGGCUGUGAGAAGUCGCUCUCUGGGGGCAAAUAACCCAAACACAGGCACCAAAACUCACAGCAGUAGAGCAGAGACGAGGACCACAGGUCAACUGCAAUAUUCCCCAGCUGUCUUGCAGCAGCGCAUGGCAGCAGAGCUCCACUACCUGGAGUCCAUAGAGGAGUCAGUCCGACACCUCAGUGACAUGGAGAGGCUGAUGGGAGUGUCCAUGGCUCAGCAGGAGAGCGUGUCAUUGGCCCAGAUGCUAAAGGCCAAGCAGCAGAGCCAUGAGCAUGACCUCUACGAGCUGAAGAUCAAGGCUGAGAGGGAAGCCCUGGAGGCACAGCUGCAGCUGGAGGAAAACAGGCAGAGGGCAGCCAGGGCUCACAUAGAGCUGCAGGAAAGCUUGGCUGGAGCUCAAAAAGAUACCUUGGAGGGCCUCCAGGAGGCAACAACAAAGAUGAUGAGUCAACAGGCUGAGGCAGCACGGUACACAGCCGAAACUGCCCGACACAUCAAGGAGAUGACAGAAAUGGCCCGGUCACAGAUAGCAGGAGCUUUGGUUGUCCCUCCUGUUGUCACAAAUUCCUCAAAGAAAGAACAGCAGAGCCCCUCUCAGCAGCGACAGGAUGAAUCUGACAGCUUUCAGAGUCAGGUGUCAAGCAGAAAAUCAGGACCAGAGGAAUCCCUGUCUCCACUGAACAGCCUUAGUCACUCUGACUCGCUAUCCUUUAAAAGACCCCACCUCAGUGGAGCCGACUCUAGCUGCCACCAAAGCCUAACGCACGGCUCCUCGGACCAGACAGAAAGGAUGAAAAAAGGAGCAGUAGAGGGGAAACAGAGACAGAGGGGAGCUGAAGAGAGGGAAGCAGCCAGUAGCUCCAUAGAGGAGGAAGUUCUUACAGCAGCUAAUGAUUCCCUCUGCAGUGACAGCAUCCACUCUGUAAAUGAAAAAGGAGACAGUACUUCAAUAGCAACAGAGUACUCUCUAAAGUUUGAUGAGUCCAUGACGGAGGACGAGAUAGAGGAGCGCUCCUUCCGCUCUCUGCUGCCGUCAGAGGCGCACAGGCGUGGAACGAAGGAGAAGAAGUCCCAGCACCACGAGGAAUCAGAGGACGAUGGAGCCAAUCACAGCAAGACACUGAUUUCAGGAGAACACAAUAUCUUAAAGGUGAGAGAUGCCAACAUGGCCUUCUCGGGUGGACAGGACAGCUUUUCACAGUUCACAAUGGAUAUGGUCCGUCAGUACAUGAAGGAUGAGGAAGUAAGACUGCAACACCAGAGCUCCUUGCUACAUCUCCGCCAGAAAGCUCUCAAAGAGAAGACCAAGACUGAGCUGGCCUGGCUUGAGCACCAGAAAAGGAGGCUGAGGGACAAGGGAGAGGAUGACAAAAUGCCGCCCAUUAGGAAGAAGCAGAGGGGCCUUUUGUUGAAACUACAACAAGAGCAGGCUGAGAUCAAACGACUCCAGGAGGCCAACAAAGCAGCCAGGAAGGAGAGGCAGCUUUUGCUGAAGCAGCAGAAGGAGAUUGAACGCAUGAGAAACUCCACACUCCGACUGAAGGAGCGUCUCAAGUGUGCCGGGGGUGAAGCACCACCUGAGACCCCCGUGUCAGAAACCCCUCUGUCUGAGGCAGCCUCCGCUAACAUCAGACAUGCUGAAGAUGGCCGCAGCCCUUCUCCUCCGCUCUCCAUCUCUGGAAGUGAGACCAGCAGCAUCAUGCAGAAGCUCAAGAAGAUGCGCUCUCACACGGAUGAAAAACACUGUUCUCCCGUCCACUGCUUCUUCUCUGUGUUCACGGCCCACCACUGGGCCUCCCUCAGUGUCUGUCUUCCCAAACUACACCCUAAAUUCCAGCUCUUUAUCUACAACCAGUUGGUCAGGUUCCUGACAAAGAGGGAGCAGCAGCUGAUGCAGAGGCGUCACCAUGCCGAGGAGCUGCUAAAGUGGAAACAGCGGCUAGACCAGGAGGAGGCAGAGGUCCGUAGGAUGGAAAAGGAGGCCAUGGCUGUAUGGGACAGAAACACACUCAAGAGCAAGAAGGACGAGAUGUUGGACAUUAGCCCCAGACAGCAUCAAAGCUCAGAGCCAAGAACCGACAGUGAGAAAGAGUAUGUGAGUGAGGGCGACAUUUCCUCAUUAACACCAGAGUCCAGUAUACACACAGAGGGACCUGGAUCCGAGCAACCAGGAAGUCCAUCUUCAGUACAACCUGUGUCGGCCUCUGAAACACCUUUGGCUUCCAUCCAAAGCAGCCAUGCAAAUUACACCCAGGACUUUACCUCAGCUUCACACUCCCCUCACAGACAAUCGGCCCAGACUCCAUUCAAAGGCAGCCACAGCCCUGCUUCCUCUCCUUCAGAUGGCAGCAGCAAAACCAGGAUGCAGCUCCGCUCCUCCUCCCGGACCCCAAACCAGGCCUGCACUCAGCACUCUGAAUCCCCCAUGGCCCCACAGCCAGAACUCAUUUCAGACCAGAGCGACAUAGAGACCCGUAUCAAGGCCUUGACGGAAGAACUCCGAAAACGAAAGUCUAUGGCCAACCAACUGAAGAAAGAGCAGAAGAAGAGGAACAAGGAGCGUCUGAAGGCAAAGGAGGCCAGCCUACUGAAGCAGCUGGAGAGCUAUGACAACUUCAUCGAGAAAACUAAGGCAGAACUGAACAAGGAGCCAGACUCAACACUGGAUUCAAACUCCCAGAUCAAAGACUCUGCUUCAGUUGCAGAGCAGUCAAGUAUUAAAGCAGCUGCUCACAGCUCUGAAACCAGCAACAUCUCCGGUUCUGAAAGAAGGCGAAUUGAAGCUUCAUUUGAAAACAAUUACCUUCCUCAACCUGAUGAUAGUAGAUCGACUUCAGUGCCUGAAGAGUUGUCUGAUGAAGACCCACCAACGGUCACUCCAACCCCGGUUCAUGGCAGCCCAGAGUGUCCAACUUUACAAUCAAGGAGCCGUUUCUCCACAGACAAAAGUCUUACAACACCUUCCUCCAAGGAAGCCCAGGCACAGCUGAAUGAGGCUGGAGGAAAGAACAUUGACCUUUAUCAAAGAUCUGACAAAGUGAGCUUACAGUUUGAGGAUCAGCAUUCUGAACUUCACCAACAAGAAAAGCAAGACAGCAUGGACUCUCAGUGGAAACUGUCUAAAGCCAAAUCCUCUUCUAUUAGUGAAGAAAAGCUGUAUUCCCCAUCUGUAAUUGUAGAACAAGAUAAUCAAACAAAGUCGAGGGAAACAUCUGAAGCUGAACAAUCUAACAUUAUCGCCUCUAGUAAGUCACCUUCAGCUACAAUGGACCUCAAAACCACAGCACAUCUGAGCCCCCACUCCACAUCCAGCAAUCACUCCUGCUCCCCUGACUCGGUUGAAUUUACUUCAAAGAAGGAGGCACCCAUAAAGGAUGUCGAGACCUCAUCUCCCAUAGCGGAUGGUUAUCAUGAUGACUUUGAGUCAUCAGUGGAUUCUUCGCCCCGAGGAGCUCUCUCUCAAAUCUCAGAAAUCAAGGCCUUGGGAAAAGACUCCCCUAGCAGAGCCACUCAGUAUAACAGCCAGUCUGAGGAGGUAGAGGAGGAGAUAGCUGAAGAUGUGAGUCACCAAUCAGGGACUAGUGUUGCUAGCAACCAAUCUGGAAGACAGCUAGAUCUUGGCACUUGCAAAAAAGACUCCCAAAACAACAACAAGGACAAAGUUAAUUCUAGCCUCUCACCUUCCAUGUCCCCUCUUGUUAGAGAUGAAAUGCCAAGUUUUAAGACCGGCGAUCGUGUUCUUGUCAGUGGUGUUCAGCCUGGCACUCUGAGAUUUAAAGGUCCAACCAGCUUUGCUCAUGGCUUCUGGGCUGGCGUGGAACUGGACAAGUCUGAGGGGAGCAACAACGGUACUUACGAGGGCGUUGUAUACUUUGAAUGUAAUGAGAGCCAUGGCAUCUUUGCUCCUCCAGACAAGAUCACACACCUGCCAGACAAGUUUGAGAUUUACACUGACACCACAGAGGAUGAGGACUCAUUUUUUGAUGAUCUGUCAGAUAAAACUGGGGAUAAACACAAAACAAGUCGGGACAAAACUCAAAAUUUGAAGAACAAAAAAGAAGAAAGAAAUCUGAAGGUCUCUGCCUCUGGAGAUAAAAAGGUUACAGAUGAGUUAGUUCACAAAGUUGAAUCCAACCUCAAUUCACAGAAUAACAAAGAAUCAGAGCAGCUCAUUCCUAAUGGCAACACGGGGUACAUUAUGCUGGAUUUAGAAGAUGCACCUACCACACUCCUCAUCUCUGACAUGGACAAAAUGGGUCUGACAAAGCAGAAGAUUACUACCUCUUUUGAGAGAGAAGAUGUAGACUCACCCUGCCAGUUCACUCCUGCAGACCUUUCCUCAGACAUCAGACAAGAUAAGGACAAAGAGAAGGAUGAAUACUCACUGGACAUGUGUGCGGACAAGCUCCUCAACAGCUUUGUGAAGGACGCUGUGGAGCAGUUUGCUGUAAUCAAAAAGGCUAAAGAAAAGAAGAUUCAAGCUGCCAACCAACUGAACGGAGAGCUGUUCAGUGAGCAUGCUGAAGAAGAAGAAUGGUUACCCUCAGUGGAACAAAAAGACGGUCUGCCAUUCUUCCUCUCUGCAGAAAAAGAAGAGCUGUCUUCUCCAGAGCUGUGUAACCGAAUGGAGAGCCCUGUGUUGGGGGCCAGCGGGCAAGAGGAGCUAGCCAAGAGACUAGCAGAGCUGGAACUGAGCCGCGAACUGCUCGACGAGCUGGGUGAAGAUCAGGACUGGUUUGAUGAGGACUAUGGACUGAGCUCCCGCAGAGAACAGCAGAGACUCAAACAGAAGCAGAGAGAGGAGGAGGAAGAGGAGAGGCUGGGGAGGUCAGGCGCAUCAGCUGGAGCAGCCCUGGGGGGGCUCGUCUCUUCACCAGGUGGGGAACAGCAAGUUAAAACCCCACCUAGGCCUGAGCUACCUCUUCACCUGCCGCCCAAACUCCCUGAGCAGCCCGCCAUGGUGGUGCCCCACUCAGCCACUGAGGUGGAGAAGAUGGUCCAUGCUGCCAUUCAAGAGAUUUGGGAGACUUGUGGUCUUGGUAAGGAGGGAGCUCUGACCCUCGCCCAGCUGCCAAACCCCCAACCUUCACAAGAGUAUCUGGGUAAAAAGGCAGACAGCCAGGACCAGGAGGCCCUCUCCAUCCGCAGCUACAGAAAGGCUGUUUAUGACCUGACAUGGGAGAUGCUGCAGGAGAUCUAUGCUGAGGACUCCAACACUGAUCAGCCUCAGUGGGUCAAACCACGCCGUAUCAAGUCAUCCUUCUUCCAUAGAGUAAGGACAGCUGGAGAGAUCGCCAAAGUCCAGGAAUUCAUCACAACAGAAGUACUACAGCUGUACAGUCUGACGAAAGAUCAGUGCCAGAAGACUGACUGGCAGAAGAUGCUUAAAUUUGGCAGAAAAAAACGGGACAGAGUCGAUCACAUACUGGUUCAAGAACUCCACGAGGAGGAGGCCCAGUGGGUCAACUAUGACGAAGAUGAGCUGUUUGUCAAGAUGCAGCUGGCAGACAGCAUCUUUGAUGCUUUGCUGAAGGACACCGCUAACGUGCUAACGCUAAUCUGUGAGAAAAGGGCAAACGUAGACACCCUCUCCUGACAGCUUUCCUACUUAAGAUUUUUGAACUACAACCUCUAGCUCAACCCCCAUCUCCCCUCACCCCAGUGAACUCCAGGUAACUUAACCGCUGCUCUGUCUUCCACCAGCUGAUGUGCCAACAGCAACCCUCAGAUGCCUUCAGUCCUAGCAUUACCUCUAAACGACUUAACAACUCCAAUUUAUUUUUGUGUUAUAAAACUUGCUGAAUGUGCUUCAGCUAAUGUUGUGUUUGUUCUAUUUGUUCUACAAACAAAACCUUUAAAGUAACUAGCUUCAGAUCUCUCCUCCUAGACUGGUCCUUUUGUAAACACCAGUUGGAGAGUGGGAAGAUUAUUUGAUAGGAUUGACUGUGCCAUUUGUUAGCAUUUCAAGUCCAUCUAUGCUGCUAAGGAUUUUAAUAUAUAUGAAAAAAAUGCUGGGACAAAAACCGGUCGCUAUAUUUUGUACCAAACCUUAAAGUAAAUAUAUGUAUGGAUUCAAAAAUUGUAAAAGAGUAGCAGAUAUAAACGAGAUAAUUUGUCCAUGAGUGAUUUGACAGUGACAUGAUAUGGGUUGGCCGAGUUAACCAGCUCCUUAAAAUGAAUCCACUAGAAUGAGUUUCAACAUGGGGCUGUGAAUUUGAUUCUAUGACUCACAGACAUCAGUUAGCUUGAGCUGGAAUAAACAAACUAGAAAUGUGUCACUUUGUCAUUGAUCACAUGUUGUCAGACUGUGCUGUCUAAAAUCAUCUAUGACAUCAGAUAUUGUAUAAAACAUUUCCUUCAUUAAUAUAUUUAGAGUGUAAAAAAUGUUUGAUGAGGCAUGUGGAACAUAUUGAAUUGUAAAUGACAUUGUUAACAUGUAAAGAACAGGUUUUGAACAUCAAAUGAAACUGUAGAAAGCACAAACAGAAAUGUGAAUGUGAACUUGGCAAUAAUUUAUGUAGGAGGUUUGAAGAAUUCGAUUCAAUCCAGAGGUAGCCCGUCAGGGGGGAAAACUGUAUUAUUAUUUAAUUUUUGGACGUGUAUCUCUUCUGUUCUUAAUGACUUUUUCAUCGCAACAACUGUCCACUUAGUCAACACAAUGAAAUGUAUCCCACAUCUGUAUGUCAUGUUUAUAUCUAGAAGGUAUGCCCUCUUAUGGAUUUACUCAUUUUAAAGGUUUCAAACAGCUUAUACAAAGAAAUGCCUGCCAAUGAUUUGCAGUUUACUUUGUUCUUUAAUCUACAUCUCAGUCAACAUCGUUUCUCAUCGUUUAACUAUUAAUGUUUCAUGUUAGCAUCACAGGGAAAAAAACCAUGUCCACUCAUGCUCAAAGAGCCAGUCAUCUUAGUUCCCAUACUGCUAUUUUAUUUUUUAAGGUUUCACACAAUCCUUUUCCCUUUUGAGUCUAAACACACUGAGUAUUUAGUAUGCAAGUAAGACACACAAGACUGUCAGUCGGCCUGAUUUCAGGCUUUUAGAAUCAAAUCAUAGGACAGUACUGACAUGCUGGACUUGAACCUUCAUUGUCCUCCAGUCCUUCUACGUUAUUUGACCUGAGAAUACUCCUGUUGUCUUUUUUUCUGUAGCGGCAUAGAUCUAUUUUUCCCCUUUCUGCUUUGGAAACAAUGCUUAAUGAUGAUCAGCCAGUUCCAACCAGCUGUCUGAAUGUAGCCCAGUUAUGUAGUCAGACGAUUAAGGUAUUGUUUCUCUACAUUGUUCAAGUGCCUCUUGUAGUAGAGUUGAAGAUUUAUAACAGACUCGUUGAUGUCUCAACAUCCUUUGGACCUAUUUACUUUGAAUGUCUCAUUCAACUGCUGUGUACCACCACUUUGUGAAUGAUCUUUAAGUGACUGCUCUUCUCUCUAUCCACUUUACCAAUCCUUCAGUUUCUGCCUUAUCAGUCCUUCUCUAGCGUAGCAUAGCUGCUGAGGGUGGUUUUGAAACCUGUCUCUUUUUCUCCUCUGCCCCAGCCUUUUGGCAAUUGUUUGUAAGCGAAUUACUGUAAAUGUCAUCUGCUUCUUGUUCAUGGUGCAUAUUGACACAGUUGAGUCAUUUUAUUGAUGAACUGUAUCAGGAAGGAGUUUGUGGACACUCCACGCACACAGUGUGAGUCACUGAGCUGACGAGGCAGAGCACGGCAGGCUGUAUGUAACAAAGGGCUAAAUUUGGUCCUCACUGUCAGCGCUGCUUUCUGAUCUAACAAACUAACUAUAGUUUGUUCAUCUUCACAGACAAUCUGCAGCUGAAGUGACCUUAAACUGAGUACAUGGUCUUUCUUCUACUGUCAGUGUUUCUGUCUUAUAGCUUCAUAUAUAUCUUCAAACUGUAAUAAUACAUUGUAUAAAAAGACCAAAAACAUUUCACACCAACCCUCUCCAUACUGUCUUACCUAUAUGUCUGGUCCUUAGGCAUAUGUAACUGUAAUUGUGAGAUGAUUAGUACCUUAGAAACACUUUCUGCAAGGUUUUAUUGCAGACCUUGGAUUUUCCUCCUGACUUGAUUGUAUGUGAACGAUGUUGAGUUCCCUUCUGUAACUAUGCAGUACUUGGUCGUAUGCAUUGCUUUGUAUGUAUGGACCAAACAGGUUAGACUCUUGUUGUAGUCUGUAGAUCUAACAAGUCUUCAGGAAGCUUGAAGCUGUUUGUUGUAGGAUGGAGCUGCUUCUAUCUGAGGCAAAUGACCUGAUUAAAGAGUGCAAAUAUCUGAUUUAAUAAAGUUAGCACAAAUGAUUUGAUCAUCUAAAUUAACCCUGUGGGGCUACAUUUUCCCUUCUUCAUCUUUUAAGAUGUUGAUGAAUAUUUAUAAUAAUGUGCUGUUAGAGUGCGCUGAAUGCACUUGAAGACUUGUACAACUCCUUUAUUGGUGUAAAUAUAUUGUCUAUCCUUUCUGAUCCACUGUUACUGUAACCUAAAUGAUUGUUUUAAAAUAAACACUGUUUACUUUGCAAAUAUGUGCAUAGUAUAUAUUGGUUAACUAAAUGAACUUGUACGGAAUUGUAAAUAAAGCUUUCAUUGUUUCUCAAAGAAAGCGGA